AUGCUCAUCCAGAAGUUUCUGCUGCUUCUGACGCUCGUCGGACUCUCGCUGGCGCUCUUCAACUCUCUGAACAGCCAGCCGCUUCAGGCCGCCAACAACAUUGUCGAGAGCAUCGACGAGGCGUUCUUGAGCCGCAACUUUACCAAAUUUCUCGCUCUCCACGCCGAAAACUUCUCGUUCAACUGGUGCGAAGCUCGUGGUGGCAAGAAAGAGUUGCGCAAGUAUUUGGAGGAGGAUCUGACUCUUCAAAAGAUCUACAAGAGCAAGGUUUGUCGGGUUUCACGCAUUCAUUAAGAAUCGAUUAAGAACUAUUGUAGCACUUUUUGCUGCCGUCGCCGAAAAACGAGAAGGUGAUCAGUUUGGACGGCGGCAAGUUCAAAUUCGACUACGAGGAAUUCCUGCUGUUGCACUACAAAGACGAGCUCUACACGACCGCCGGAUCGAUCACGUUCCAGUUGGACGCCAAAAAUCGCACGAAAAUAUUGACGGCCCACGAAAUUUGCCCGGUUUUUGUGUUCUAG